UUAUUUGUUGAUAGUCGUGAACCAGAAUAUUGGACAGUUUUGUCUUACUGUUUUAUAAAAUUCUGAAUAAAAAGUAUUCCUUUAAUAAAAUGAACUUUAGCAUUUAAUUGUGAAAGUUAUAAUGGAGUUAAUUUUACAAAAAGUUUGCAUUUGCUGUCAUGAGGAAAGACAAAACCUUAGAAGCCUUUCGAAAUGCAAUUUUACGUAUAUUUUGAAUAGUCUUCUUAAUAAUAAGUUAGCAUACGGAAAUUAUAAUAUCUGCGAUAUUUGUCACUCGACGCUGAUAAAAAUAGAUAAAUUUAAAAAAUACGUAGAAAAAAACAACGAAUUACUAAAUGUACGGCUUCUUCAAAAUAAACAUAAUAUGCAGUCCACAAAAACUCCAUUUAAAUUAUGUCAAAUAUCAAAUGUCGAAUUAACGUGGACAUCGUUAGACCAAAAAUUGGAAUACGAAAUUAAAAAAGAAAUCGAAAUUGAAAUUGAAGUGAAAGUCGAGAAUGACAGCGAUUCGAAAAUGGAACCGUUUGAUAUAUCGACCGUAGAUGACUCACACACUAUGGAAAUGUUGCCAGCUAAGAAAAAGAAACCACGCACACAGUUUCAAGCAAAUUACGAGGGGAAAAUAAAUAUCGUUACGAUAUCUAUGGACGAAUUGGUAAAUGAGAGAUUGGAGGAGGCACGCAAUAAGAAAUAUUUGCAGUUGCCGUACAAAUGUGCGGAUUGUAUAGUUGCGUUUGAGUUUGAAGAGAGUUUGAACGAACAUAUGGAUAAGAAACAUAAUGCGACUGACGGCAGUCUAGUAUGCUCGGUGUGCAAGUCGGUACUCAGCACGCAGUUGUCAUUUAACGAACACUGCAAACGGCAUAUGAGAAGAUAUGAAUGUGUCGAGUGUGGCAAACGCAGUAAAAACGUCUACCCGAUUUUGGAACAUUAUAAUGAGAAGCAUGGCAACAUUCCAGUUCAGUAUUCGUGUAAAUUAUGCGACUAUAGUACCGAUUCGAACCGUCGAUACCGCUAUCACAUGGACAAGCAUAGAACGGCGAACGUGCAAUGUAAAGAGUGUGGCAACACCUUUGUUAAUACAACUGGCUUGAAGAAUCAUAUGCGAACGAUUCACAAAGCGCUGGCCCGCGUGCACGCGUGCGACGUUUGCGGCAAGCGCUACCGGCGGCGUAACAGCCUGCUCGCGCACGCGCAGACCCACACGCACACACACGCGUACUGCGAGUCGUGCGACAGAACGUUCCGCACGCACACCACGCUCCUGAACCAUUUGAAGAUGCAUUCGAAACACGUUAGCGACGACGUCAAGAGGUACAUAUGCGACGAGUGCGGUAAGAAAUUUCUCAAGAAAAGGUCUCUGCAGGACCAUAUCGACUUCGAUCACUUGAAAAACAGCAAGUAUUCUUGUGAUAAAUGCUCGAAGGUGUUCAAAUGCCACUCCGGAUUGAAGCGUCACACGCAAUACGUACAUGAGAAGGUUCGCCCGCCGCGGAAUAAAAUGUGCGACCAUUGUGGUCGGGGGUUUACGUCAACAUCGAUCCUCAUAAGUCACAUUCGCACGCACACAGGCGAGCGGCCGCUCCAUUGCACGCUCUGUCCCGCAACAUUUGCGCACUCCGCUGCGCUUUAUACACAUAAGAAAUUGUUACAUAAUCCUAAACGGAAGAAUUCCUAAACAGGCUGUUAUUGCAUGUGUUUUAAUUACAAUAAUAAAUUGUUU